CCUCCUUCCACCUCUAGCUCAACUCUUCUGCAAAUGGCUUCCCGUUACCUCAUCCUGGUAGUCAGCAUCGCCAUUCUCUUCUCCGGCGACGCUGCGGGCAUCCACGAGCCAGACGCGGCCGCUGUGGCUCCUUCCUGUGACGGGGAGGAGGCUGGAUUCUCUUUCCCCGUCAUUCACUGGAAGAGCAUGGCAGAGGUCGUGGAGGAGGAGAUGGAGUUGGCGGCCACUGCCACCGCGGCCGCGGCCGCCAUGGAGGAGGAGAAGUUUGUGGUGCCGUUUCGGCACCGCCGGAAGUUUUCCAUGUAUCUGGUGCAGCUCCGCAUUGGCGGCGGACCACCAGAUGAAGCGCGUUCCAGAUAUGUAUUGUUCGACACCGGCGACGACCUGUCAUGGACGCAGUGCGUUCCGUGCAAAAACUGCACCAGGAGCUACUACCUUCCGUUCAACCCAGUCAAGUCAAGCACCUACCAUCACCUUCCCUGCGAAGACCCGAUGUGCGAGCACGGGAGGAUCACAUGGUGCCAGUCCAGCCACACCUACCCCACUGCGGACAACAGUUUGUGCAAGUUCGACAAGCGGUACGGCGAUGGUAGCAAGGUGUCAGGCUACCUGGGAUCUGACGUCUUCCGCUUUGGGAACGGCAUGGCGGGGGACGACGGCGGCUACAACUUCGAGCAAGACAUCGUCUUUGGCUGCGCGCAGGAGGAACGUACCACCGCCGUCCGGGAAUACAGCUCCGGCAUUCUCGGCCUCGGCAUGGGUACGUUCUCCUUCGUCGCUCAGGCCGGCGUCGACAAAUUUUCCUACUGCGCUCUAUCGCCGGAGAGAAGAGACCUCCGGGAUCAGUGGAGGAAAACAACAAGCUACCUCCGAUUCGGCAGCCAUGCUGUCACGUCGGGCAAGAUUGUCCCGUUCAAGCAGGACGGCGCCCACUUCAUCAUCUCCCUCAAGAGCGUGACGUACCAGCGAGGAAGCCGUCUAGAUCAAAAUCAGCCAGUGCCCAUAUUUACUCGGCAAGAGGCGGCGGAGUUCCUGCCCAUUCUGGUGGAUUCAGGGUCCGCCCUGGUCUACCUUCCUGGACUCAUCUUCGACCCUCUGCUGAAGAGGAUCGACGAUGAACUCACACUCACAAGGGUGUACGAUCCCACUAAUAACCCCGCCAUCAACUGUUACGAUGGUGAGAUGUCGGAUGUGGAGGGUGUGUCGGUGACCCUGGGCUUCCAAGGAGGGGCGGAGCUGGAGUUGUUUGGCGACACACUCUUCUACGAAGGGUACGCAGGUGAUUACAUUUGUCUGGGAAUUUCUAUCGAUGACAGGAAAUCAGUGUUAGGCAUGAUUGCUCAACGUAAUACCAAUGUUGGGUAUGAUUUAGCAAACAUGGAGAUCUCAUUUAAUCGUGAGGUAUGUGCCUGAGAAUGGCCAUUGCAUGAUGUAGUGAGUGAGUGGUAGUUGCCCAGAUGUACCGAGUGGCAGUAGCUAGCUCUGUCUGUUAGACUGAAAUAAAGGCCAUCGCUGCUGUACUGGUACUGCGAUACCAGAUAGACUGAAAUAAAUGUUCCGUCUCACAUUAUCAAUCUAGCUGUGC